UACAGAAAGCCUCCGCUUCUUUGAAGUAGUCGAAGAAAGAAGCAGACCCAGCUCCCUGAUCAGUGUGGUUGAGAAAGGGAAUCAUAAUCACCAUUCUCCUUCUCUCUAUCUUUUUUCUGUAGCCUUUUCCUCACUAUCUGAGAUGUUGCAGUCCCACUGCUACCACCACGUUCUCUUCUCAAACCCCUCUGUUCCUUUAUCUCUUCCUCAUAACCCCUCCUUCUCUCUUCCUUUAUCUUCAUCCCCUUUUCUCAAUUUUCUUCACAGACCCACAACUCUUCACCCUGUUUCAGCCAUUCCUCCUUCCUCACCAUGGUUAACUCAACUUGCAGAACUCGCGGCUGCUGCGGAGGAUGGCCCCGUCGAACUUCCAAUGUCUAUGCCUUCCAUUUUCGCAACUGCCGACGAGCCUUCUACAAUUCAAAUCGCUACCAGUGUUCUUCUCACGGGAGCCAUCUCUAUCUUCCUCUUUCGAUCUAUCCGGCGUCGAGCAAAACGUGCCAAAGAAUUGAAAUUUAGGUCUUCUGGAGUGAAGAAGUCAUUGAAGGAAGAAGCAUUAGAUAACUUGAAAGCGAUGGGGUCAACUUCGAUUGGAGCUAAAGGUCCACCUUCACCUGUUCAGGCAUUGAUAGGGGGAAUAUCAGCUGGUAUUAUUGCUCUUAUUCUCUAUAAAUUCACUACAACCAUUGAGGCAGCUCUCAAUCGCCAAACAGUUUCAGAUAAUUUCUCGGUCCGCCAGAUAACAAUCACAGUAAGGACAAUAGUGAAUGGCUUGUGCUACCUUGCUACAUUUGUUUUCGGCAUCAACUCCAUAGGUUUGUUCCUAUAUUCUGGCCAACUUGCCUUGAACUCCCUUAUGGAAGAUUCAACUGAAAAGAAAACUGAAAGCCAAGGCGUUGCACAGCAAGGCUUAUCAAACUCAUCAGUUGAAAGCCCGGCAAAUAAUACUCAAUUGAGCAGCAGGACUGAAGAUGAAAUUUCAAACGACAAACAAUAAUGAGAGUCUAAUGAAGUUGAAGUGGAGGAUGGUCCGGAUCCUCUUACUGACUUCCAAUCUACCUUCCAUGUAAUUAUCAGUCUUAAUAUAGAAUGUGGAAAAGAUUUUGUAGAGGCUACCUUAUUUCAUUUUCCUCUUACUCCUCAGAAUUUCAAAAUUAUUUGAAGUUUGUUUUAGCUAAUUAACUAAAUCGCGUGGAUACCUUGUUGGAUCGUCCUAUUCCCA